UAUAAAAUAACCAAUAGGAUCUCGCCACUCGUCGAGCCGUCAUGUUCGGGUCUAAGCUGUGCUUGAUGCUUCUCUACUGCGUAGCGAUGGUGGUCUACGAGGUCUACGGCUCGAGGAGCCCGUGUUGCAAACUGCCGGUGGAACCUGGACCGUGCAAACAUUAUAUAACGAGGUACUUCUUCAACACCGACACGGGGCGUUGCCAGAUGUUCCAGUUCGGCGGCUGCCAAAGCAACUGCAACAACUUCAAGUUCAUGUUCGAGUGCCAGGCCGAGUGCGAGGGCUAUUAGAACAACAGAACCACGAUACUAACACUCGGCGAAAGCUGCGAGCCAAACAACAUUCGUUACUCCAAAAUGCUAACAGCUUAAUUGAUCAAUAAUGGAACUGUCUAACCAGCGUCGUGGCAUAUGCAAGUUGUUGAGGUUAUGUAACACCGUAUCGUAUCGUAAGUCUCAGUUUUAAUGCACCAAGUAUCUCAUAUUUCCGGAUAAAUACAUUAAAAUAUAUUUUUGGUAUGUAAAUGAGAUUUAACUGAUUAAUUUACUUUGUACUAACGAACUUCGCACCAACGCUCCACUCGCUUCAUCAUUGGGGUAAGUUGUUACACUUGCUGACUGGCAUUUGAGAGUGAAAAUAAACAUUUGAAGUGUGUAUUAUUAAUUUGAAAUGAAUGAUUCAUAAUAUAAAAAUAUCAAUUUUUUAUAAAUAAUAUCUGUAAAGUUUUACCAUUCCCAACAAAAAAUAUAUAUUUUUUAAUUAUUCUUACUAUGGGGAUGAUUGUUUUAAAAUGUUUUUUUUUGAACAUACACUAUUGCUGGUAACACUGCAUAUCAUGGCGAAACCUCAAUAACACGCGGUGUUACAUGCAAACGCGUAUGUUAAAAAAAAAAAAACAUUUUCAAUAAUAUACAUAUCUAAAAAUUCCGUGUGUCAAUUGGCCACGGGUUUUAUACUUGAACAAAACACAAAUUUCCAUUUAAUUUUAUGAUCAAAAGCUUAAGUGUAUGUAAGUACCAUUUGUAAACAAAAUCACUUAUAAUAAUUGUUCACGCCUGCGGUAAAUUACAUUUAUGCUGGUGCCGCUCAGCCAGAGAUGGAGCUACGCGCAGGUGAUACGUGUCGUUAUGUAUCAUUAUUGGUAUAUGAGUGAAGCCAUGAGCUACGAGCGAAGCCAUGAGCUACGAGCGAAGCUACGAGUGAACUAGGGUCCUGUCGCCCUGCUUAACUCAAUGAGCUCAUGAGAAUAAAAUAAUUACCUAACCAAACUGCCUUUUUACUUACGCAACCCUGUAACCGAACCGCCGGAAAAAUUGAAACACUCGACUUAACUCUUUGCUACUUUAUUUGCAUUUUCAUGGCAUUAUAUAUUCUCUAGGGAAAUAUAUACGUAUGUCCCU